CGGAUCCUCGGUCUCGGCAGAGCCGCCCCUGCCAUCGCUGCCCGUAGCCAUGGACCUGCGAGCGGAGCUCCUCAAGUCCAUCUGGUACGCCUUCACCGCCCUGGACGUGGAGAAGAGCGGCAAGGUCUCCAAAUCCCAGCUCAAGGUGCUGUCUCACAACCUGUACACGGUGCUGUGCAUCCCCCACGACCCCGUGGCGCUGGAAGAGCAUUUCCGUGACGAUGACGACGGGCCGGUGUCCAGCCAGGGUUACAUGCCCUACCUCAACAAGUACAUCCUGGAUAAGGUGGUGGAAGGUGCUUUUGUCAAAGAGAACUUUGAUGAGCUCUGCUGGACCUUGACAGCAAAGAAGAAUUACAAGCCUGACCGGAACGGGAAUAGUGUCGUGUCCCACCAAGAUGCCUUCAAGCUCUGGUGUCUCUUCAACUUUCUGUCUGAAGAUAAAUACCCUCUCAUUAUGGUGCCAGAUGAGGUGGAGUACCUGCUGAAGAAGAUCUGUGCAGCCAUGAACGUGGAGCUGAGCUCCUGCGAGCUGGAUGACUACCUGUCCCAGGAGCCGCAGGGGCAGGGCGGGCUCACGGUCUGGCAGUUCCUGGACAUGGUGAACUCGGGGCGGUUCCUGCGUGGCAUCGAGCAGGAGGCCGUCAGCAUGGCCGUGGAGGAGGUGUACCAGGAGGUCAUCGAGGAUGUGCUCAAACAGGGCUACCUCUGGAAGAAGGGCCAGCUGAGGAGGAACUGGUCGGAGCGCUGGUUCACGCUGAAGCCCUGUGUCCUGUCCUACUACAUGAGUGAGGAACGGAAGGAGAAGAAGGGGAGCAUCACAUUGGACAAGCACUGCUGCGUGGAGGUGCUGCCUGACCGGGAUGGGAAGAGGUGCAUGUUCUGUGUGAAGACCCCGUCCCGCACCUAUGAGAUGAGCGCCUCCGACACCCGGCAGCGCCAGGAGUGGACACUAGCCAUCCAGACGGCCAUCCGGCUGCAGGCUGAGGGCAAGAAGUCCCUGCACAAAGACCUGAAGCAGAAGCGACGGGAGCAGCGGGAGCAACGGGAGCAGCGCAAGGCAGCCAAGGAGGAGGAGACGCAGCGGCUCAAGCAGCUCCAGGAGGAGAAGGAGAGGAAGCUGCAGGAGCUGGAGCUGCUCAAGGAGGCCCAGCGGCAGGCGGAGAUGCUCCUGCAGGAGGAGGAGCAGCGGCGGAGGCAGCAGCACGAGGAGAUGCAGAGGACCCUGGAGAUCCAGCUGCGCGAGGCUGAGCAGGCUCGUGCCUCCAUGCAGGCAGAGAUGGUGCUGAAGGAGGCAGAGGCAGAGCGUCAGCGCAAGCGCAUCCUGGAGCUGGAGGACAUGCAGGAGCGUCUCCAGGAGGCCCUGCAGCAGGAGGUGAAAGCACGGCAGGACGAGGAGUCCGUGAGAUACGCGCAGGCCAGGCUGCUGGCUGAGGAGGAGGAGAAGCUGAAGCAGCUGAUGAAGCUGAAGGAGGAGCAAGAGGAAUAUAUCAUCAAAACUCAGCGGGAGAAGCAAGUCCUCAAGCAGGAGAUGGAGAACAAGAACAAGUGUCUGGAAGAGGCGCAGAAGCAGUUGGAAGAAGUGAGACUGAACAGGCAGCGGGUGGACCAAGACUUCAUGGCAGCCCAGCGGAAGCUGCGACAGGCCAGCACCAAUGUCAAGCACUGGAACGUCCAGAUGAACCGACUGAUGCACCCCAUCGGGCCGGGAGACAAGCGUACUAAUGUGAGCGGAGGUGGCUUCGCUGGCUACCAACCCCUCCUCUCCCACAGAGAUUCCUCCCUCAAACUCAAGCAGAAAGUGGAGGAUAAAGGCAGCGACCCCACAAAGGACAACAGCAAGGAAAACGUGAGCAAUGGUGGGAACAGCAGUGUGCUGCCAUCUCCGGAUGUGGACACCAUGGCCGCAGAGCCCAGCAACUAGGCUGGAGGAUGGCAGAGCCCAGUGGGGAGCUGUAGGGCACAGCACGUCUCUCCGAGCAGACACAGUCAACACGGCCAUCUCUGGAUGGAGACAAGUGGGGACCAGCACAGAGCCUAGAGGUGACUACACAGGAGGCAGAGAUGCUCCCAUUUUCUUCAGGAGGGGCUGCAGCCACCACGGGCCAGGAGGCUCAGACAGCCCCAUGUUGGAGGCUCAAACAGCCCCAUGUUGGGGAGAAGGCAGCAGAGCCAUCUCCUCUGGGCUGCCCUGGUGUGGGACCUGGACUCAACUCCCCAGACUCUGGUUUCCACCUUGCCUAAAAGAAAAAGCCACCAGUGGGUCUGGACAAUGUGGCCCAGAGCUGCAGUUCCCCCUUGGUUUCUACCAGCAACCCUUCUGCAUCGCCCGCUGCACCCAUGGGUGCAUGGCCCUGCAACGGGAAGCCUUGGCAGGUUGAGAGGUACCUUCUGACCACCCCACAGAAAGGCUGGGGUGUCUUUAACUAACAUGUGCAUUCCCCGAAGGUGGUUCUUACUCACUGGAGUCACGUAGGUAUUAGCAGAAACCAACAAGCAAUAAAGCUUUUGGAGCCACUGCCCUGCAGGCUUUCUUCCCUGCACAUCUGUGGCCCUGCAGACCCCAGACCUCCCUCCUUGGCAGUGUGGGGUUUUGAUUCCCACUGUAGAAAAGAGCCCAUUAAAAGGAAUGAGACACUAGCCAUGGGAAGAAGCUCCACCAGUAGAUUUGGGGUUGGACAAGAGGGACACAGAUGCUGGUGAACUGGCUGUAGAUGAUGAACUCCCCUGUGGGCUGCAGGGCUGGCACAGGGGUAAUGUCUUGGGGGAAAAACACCUCUACAUGAUUAAUUAAGUGCUUGUAUAGGAAGAUAAUGAUGCUCUGGGCCACGUUUAGGUCUUUGCCCUUGCACGGGCAGGACUCCCUGUUUCAGGAGUCCUGGUACAGGAUGUGGUCCAAGGCAAUAGCAAAGACUCCCAGGGCCCAUCCGAACCGGGAGCUGGUGGACGUGGCAGCUCUCUUCAGUAACGCCGGCCUGGCCUGGCUCCUCCAGCUCAUUUGCUCCUCAAAAAACUCAGAAUAAAAGCCAAGUCUGCUGGCAAACCUCCCUGCAUGGAAAAUAAACCCCAGCCAUGCCAACGUUGGGGUUAGUUUUUCCAACACCUCUGUUUAAAUACAGUCCCAUUCACCUGUG